GUGCCCCAUUAUUUUUCAGAUUUUCUAUAGAUAUCGCAAUAAUAUCAUUAUUCUUUUGGCCGUGAGAAUCGUGUAAUGAAAAGCUGUUAUUUUGACAGUCCUUGUACAGAUACUUCAGAGAUAUGGUCUCACUUUCCUUCUCCUUGCCUAACCCCAACAUGGCACUGAAACAACGUUGAAGAUAUUUUUAUUGAACUAAGAAAAAAGCUCUCAGGCAGCUCAACAAACAUGCUGUUAGCUGCUGCCUCUCCUGUGUGGCUCCGCACUUUCUUGUGUCAGAGGAUUUCAAGACUGAAUGUAAAUCCAUCAAGAAAAUACCUUUGAGUCUUGACUCACUCUCUGAGCCCAGAGCUCAUCACUGAUGGUCCACCUAACGCUCAGUAACGUCCACACUGUGGUCCCGUCAGCACCACAGAUAUUGUUACAUCACUCAAAAGAUCAGGAAAAAAUGUUUUAUCACUUCUUUUAUACAGAUGAAAUAUCAUUUUUAUAGACUUGAAUUUUACAACUUGUUACUGUCAUUGCAUUGUAGUAUUGUUCAUUUUUUUUGCUGAAUGCCUGCAGUGUUGUUGUUUUGUAUGCACAUUUUUUAAUAUUAACCUUUUGUUCUGUUACUUUGCUGUACGUCACUGUGCUGUUAUCCUGCUAGUAUCAUUGCUCUUAUCGCUGUUUUACCACUUUCCCGUCUAUGAUGGUGGGCUUAAAUGAUAAAGUUGACCCUCCAGUUGCUGGUUAUUAAAGAUACUGAAAUGAACAUUGUAGUCAUGGGACAAAUAUUCUGUUAUAUUCCCCUUAUAUGCCAAAAUGAACCUGCUUUAGGUCAACUGCCUGUAUAAGAAUGGAAAGCCUUGUUACUAUUCUCUUCACAAUAUGAAUUAAAAGUGAUAUUUUGAUUUAAAAUCUAGUCAUUUAAAUGGUUACAAACUGUUAUCCAUUAUAUCGUGAUAUCAUAUGGCCUCCAGCCAUUAUGUUAUGGAUACUGAAUGUUGGUAACACUGAACAUUUCAGUAGCUGUACUGCAGAUCCGGUAUCUCUGUUUCCACAGCAACAGGUAUUGAAUUACCCACAGACUUAGGGGUGGUGGACUUUAUACCUAGGUGGAGGCACAGGUGAGUUAUAGGAAACACACUAUUUCCUGGAGGCUUACGUGAAAAUGGUAAGACCAACAAAUCCCGUUUUUUAUGCCUUUUGAAUGUAUUUUUUGUGUGAUGUACAUAGUUUUUGUGCACUUACUUGCCAUGUGACAGUAUACUCUUGUUAUAUUACAGGCAAAAUUCUUCUCACCAGCUCAAAUCAAUGAAUUCAAGGAGUGUUUUUCCUUGUAUGACAAGAAGCAAAAGGGCAAGAUUGACACCAAGGACCUGAUCACUGUCAUGCGCUGCCUGGGUACGAGCCCAACGUUUGGUGAAAUUGAGAGACAUCUCCAAGUACACAAAAUCGACAAGGCAGGUGAGCUGGACUUCUCUACUUUCCUCACCAUGAUGCACAGACAGAUGCAGCAGGAGGACCCGAAGACUGAGAUCCUGGAGGCCUUGAGGAUGACGGACAAACAGAAGAAAGGAUACAUCCAGGCGUCUGAGCUGCGCGCCAAACUCACCAAGCUAGGGGAGAAACUCACAGAUAAAGAAGUGGACGAGCUGUUCCGAGAGGCGAAUGUCAAGUCAAAUGGAACUGUCAACUAUGAGGAGUUCACCCAGAUGGUGACGCUGCCACCCGUUGAUUACUGAGUGUCAAGCAAAGACGUGCGGUUUUCCAGGCCAGCAAGUCAGAGUCCGCUCUAUGUGCACUGAACAUCAAUCUGCACAAGUACUGGUGGAUGAUUCCUUCAGUGAUUACCUAUACCAUCCAUCCAUUUUCCAUAAUUGCUUAUUCUUAUUGAGGGUGAAGUGUGGCUGGAGCCUUGGACAGAUAGGGAAACACCUUGGAUGG